AUGCUAAAAGCUUUUGCUGCGCUUUCUCCUUCCCUCUCCGCAUCCAGUGUUGCGAGGAGAAUGAGUACUUCACCAAAAUUUCCCAAAUUCAUUUCAGUUGAAGCCGCUGAUAUACAUUCCAGAACUAAACCUGACGGUUUCAGAUUCAGCCUUGUCUCCUAUAACAUUUUGGCUCAGGCUUAUGUCAAGAGCAUUAUUUUCCCAUACUCUCCUCGUUCGUCUCUCAAAUGGAAUCGUCGUUCCAAUUCCAUUUUAGAUCUUCUUAAGAAUUUGGGAGCUGAUUUUUUCUGCCUGCAGGAACUUGAUGAAUUUGAUAGCUUUUACAAAGGAAAGAUGCAGGAGUUGGGAUAUUCUUCAAUUUUUAUGAAGAGGAGCGGAGAGAAAAAGCGUGAUGGAUGUGGGAUAUUUUACAAGGAUGAACUUGCAGAGUUGGUCUUGGAGGAAAAAAUUGAAUACAAUGAUCUUGUAAAGACAAUUCCAGACGGGAACUCUUCAAAAGACGAUGAACACAACAAUGUCCAAACAACUAAUAAACAAAAGGAUGUUGCGACCAAUACUGGACCUAAAUCGGGUAUAGAAGAUCGUGGAGAUCCCAAUGAUCCUCGUGUGAGACUAAAGCGUGAUUGUGUUGGAAUUCUAGCCGCAUUCAAAUUCAAAGGCCCCUCUCAUCAAUUUCUUAUUGUAGCCAACACACAUAUUUAUUGGAAUCCUGAGUGGGCUGAUGUCAAACUUGCACAAGCCAAAUAUCUUCUAUCUCGCCUGUCACAGUUUAAAACACUAGUAGCUGAUACAUUUGAUUGCACACCUGAAGUGAUUGUGGCCGGUGACUUCAACUCUCAGCCAGGAGAUCCGGUUUAUCAGUACCUCAUAUCUGGCAACCCUUCAUCUGAACUGAUAACUGACUGUAUAGAGGACCGUCCCAUUCCUCUAAUUAGUGUCUAUGCUUCUACUAGAGGAGAGCCACCAUUUACAAACUAUACACCUGGCUUCACCGGAACACUCGAUUAUAUAUUAUGUUGCCCCUCUAACUUCAUGAAACCAAUUAGUUAUCUUGAGCUUCCAGACUCCGAAGCAGCAGAUAUUGCUGGUGGACUGCCAAACUUGAGUCAUCCAAGUGAUCAUCUACCAAUUGGUGCUGAAUUCGAAAUAGAGACGAACUAA